ACAAACAACCUUUAUUUUGUAUAACUCUCACGGAUUCAUAAUGGAGAAAGAAAAGUCAAAAUAUCGGUAUACUUCAGAAAUUCAACAAAUGAUGUUUGUUUUUGGUGAAGUUCAAUCACCCUUACUUGAAACAAUAAAUCUUGUGGAGGACAUUGUUCGUUCUCAAGUGAUUGAAAUCAUUAUACAAGCAGCAGCUCAAGCUUCAAAACGUGGUUCCAGAUAUAUGAGUGCUGAGGAUUUGAUCUUUUUGAUCCGCCAUGAUCGUGCUAAAGUAAAUAGAUUAAGAACGUAUCUAAGCUGGAAAGAUGUACGAAAAAAUGCAAAAGACACAGGUGGAAAUGAUGCAGCAGAAGAAAUCAUGGAAGAACCGAAUGCAGCCAAGGCGCGAAAAAUGAAAGUUAAAUUGUCUUGGGAACUUGUCAAUUCGUUUUCUGAAUUUUUGAAUGCCGACUCUGAUGACGAAGAUGAGGAAGAGUUGGAGGCCUAUAAUGAUUCAAUACAAAGAUUAAAGGAUGCUGAUGAAAUUACUAGAGCUAUGACACGAGAUGAGUAUGUGCAUUACUCAGAAUGCCGACAAGCAUCUUUCACAUAUAGAAAAGCAAAGAGAUUUCGUGAAUGGGCUAACAUGUCUGCAUAUAUAGAUAUGAAGCCUAAUGAUGAUAUUAUAGAUAUUCUUGGUUUUCUUACAUUUGAGAUGGUGAGCACAUUGACAGAAACAGCUUUAAGAGUCAAAAGAGAUCUGGACAAAGAUCAAAUGUUUCACAACAAAAGUCUCAAUCGCCCCAAAGGAAUGUUUGAUGACGAAUUAGAUAAUAGGGAUGUGUGUUUAUUCUCUUCGCCUCCUUCAGAGCAAACACCUUUACAACCUUCACAUAUUCAUGAAGCUUUUAGACGAUUGCAAAUGCUUCCUCAACCAGUCAAAAAUUUCCGUGGCGGUUUGGUCAGAACUAAAGUUUCUCUUAUUUAAAUUUUUGGAAAUUUAUCAGUAUGAUUAUUAUAAUUUUUUGUUUAGAAAUUUUUAUAAUUUUAUAAUACUAAUAUAAAUAAUUUAAGAAAUGGCAUAAUAAAUUUACCGAAAAUUUUUACAUAUUUUUUCUUUUUA